GUGAUGCAGCGGCAGAUGUUAGACCCAAUGCGACAUCAGCUCUUCAGUCAUCUACUUUUCAGCUCCUCCGUCAGAGCUGAACGUCGCGGCGUCUUCGUUGACCGUACUGGAUCUCCUUGGCCUCUCUGGCAGAAUGGUCUCGCCGGUAAGAUCCCUCAGACUUAUUGGCUUUUGGUUGCUAUCGUUCAUCGCGGUCGCUCACGCAAGUCAGCCUCGCAAUCACGCACACACUCCUUUGCGGAAGGGCCGAAGAGGCUCCCAUGGUCUGGAUCGUAGGGACGAUACCGUCAUCUGGAAUGCAGGAGGUCCCUCGACCGAUGAUCUGCGGACCACUACCGCAGACCUGAUGGUCGAAGACUCUGAUAUCAAGGCCAUCCUCUUCGUGCUUACGAAACUGACGCACGGGAAAUGGAUCAUGGACCUCAUGGGCCAACCUGUACCUCUCGAAUCCGAUGCUCCGUUGAAUGCGUAUUCGGGGUCUCAAGCUGCAUACUCAAUCUAUGAUUCGACAUUCUACCGACAUCAAGUGAACAUCAGCGUCUCCGGCACAGGCCCAGUGUCAGUCAUUCCACCGUGUGAUCGCCAAUCUCACUAGACACUGAUGCUUUUUCGCAGCUGGGCUCAUGGCUAUGAACAAGCUUUCAAUCAGAGUCAAGGGUCCAUCUCCAACCUCUUGGCAAGUGGUGAAAGCUGGGACCUCACCACGAAGCUGAGAGCCAUCUCGGGGUAUCCAACGAGAAAGCUACCAGCUAGCGUCCUCGGAGGGUCGACAGACUAUUUGUGGAACUUUGUUAGG